AUGUUGGACAUUAAUCUAUUUAUUGAAGAGAAAGGUGGUAACCCAGAACUUAUUAGACAAUCUCAAAAGGCCAGAGGUGACAGUGUUGAGCUAAUCGAUGAUAUUAUUGCCGAAUACAAGGACUGGGUCAAGACCAGAUUUGAUCUUGAUGAAUUGAACAAGAACUUAAACAAAGUCCAAAAGGCCAUUGGUUUGAAAUUCAAGAAUAAGGAAGAUGCCUCCGAAUUAUUGAAGGAAAAAGAUGAAUUAACCAACAAGAAGAAGGAAUUGACUGAAAAGGAACAAAAGGAAGAUGCUGACCUAAAGCAAAAGAUUGGUACUGUUGGUAACAUUGUCCACCCAUCUGUUGUUAUCUCUAACGAUGAAGAGAACAACGAAUUGGUACGUACCUGGAAACCAGAAGGUCUAGAAGAAGUUGGUCCAAUUGCUUCUGUCACUGGUAAGCCAGCUGCUCUAUCUCAUCAUGAAAUUCUAUUGAGAUUGGAUGGUUACGACCCAGAACGUGGUGUCAAGAUCUCUGGUCACAGAGGUUUCUUCCUAAGAAACUGUGGUGUUUUCUUAAACCAAGCUUUGAUUAAUUACGGUCUUCACUUCUUAGCCUCUAAGGGCUACACCCCAAUGCAAGCUCCAGUUAUGAUGAACAAAGAAGUUAUGGCUAAGACUGCUCAAUUAUCUCAAUUCGAUGAAGAAUUAUACAAGGUUAUCGAUGGUGAUGAUGAAAAAUACUUGAUUGCUACUUCUGAACAACCAAUCUCCGCCUACCACAGUGGUGAAUGGUUCGAAAAGCCACAAGAACAACUUCCAAUUAGAUACGCUGGUUACUCUUCUUGUUUCCGUAGAGAAGCUGGUUCUCAUGGUAAGGAUGCUUGGGGUAUCUUUAGGGUUCAUGCUUUUGAAAAAAUUGAACAAUUUGUUUUAACAGAACCUGAAAAGUCUUGGGAAGAAUUCGAUAAAAUGAUCAACUACUCUGAAGAAUUUUACCAAAGUUUGAAACUACCAUACCGUGUUGUUGGUAUCGUUUCUGGUGAAUUAAACAAUGCUGCUGCCAAGAAAUACGAUUUAGAAGCUUGGUUCCCAUACCAAAAGGAAUACAAAGAACUGGUUUCUUGUUCCAACUGUACUGACUACCAAUCCAGAAAUCUAGAAAUUAGAUGUGGUAUUAAGAAGAUGAGUGAAAGAGAAAAGAAGUAUGUCCAUUGUUUGAACUCUACUUUGUCCGCCACUGAAAGAGCUCUAUGUUGUAUUCUAGAAAACUACCAAACUGAAGAUGGUUUGAUCGUUCCAGAAGUUCUAAGAAAGUUCGUUCCAGGUGAACCAGAAUUCUUACCAUUCGUUAAGGCUCUACCAAAGAACUCUACUUCCAACAAAAAGAAAUAG